UUACAAAUAUUUGGGCCAGCGGGAAGGUUCAGGAUUAAUGGAUUACAAUUAUUAUUGUCAAUCUAAAUUCAGAGAAAAAAGCUGCAUCUCGCGACAGCGAAGCGAGGGACCUGAACAACGAAGCACAGGAAGCUUCACCAUCAAAUUCCCAAAAAGAAAUCUCGAGAUAUCGAAUAAAGAGGGAUGGGUUUUUUCGUAACGACACUGAUUUUCGCAGUGAUUGGGAUAAUCGCUUCGCUUUGUACCAGAAUCUGCUGCAACAGAGGACCCUCUACCAAUUUGCUCCACCUAACAUUGGUCCUAACAGCAACAGUCUGUUGUUGGAUGAUGUGGGCCAUUGUGUAUUUAGCACAAAUGAAACCUCUCAUUGUCCCAAUUUUAAGUGAAGGGGAGUGAAGAUGUUCCCAAAUGAGCACAUUGUACCUUAUUGGUAAACAAGCAUUGGAUGCCAGAUAAUAUCAGAUUUUAUGACUAGUGAAUCCUCUUGUAUCUUCCCGUUUUGGGUCGUUGUAAUUUUAUCAGCGUGAGCUUUGGAUUGGUUUUUACUUGCUGCAGAUCUUUCAGCUGCCUUGUUACCUCAUUCAAUUUAAAAUGCUUCAGUAGCGUACAAAUAUGUAAUUUGGAUGAAAUAAUUGUUGCAAACGAAUAUACGUACUGUCGAGAAAUGAUAUCAGCUAGCUUGUGCGCCA